GUGCAUCGUUGGGGUCAUGGCGUUCGAUAGUACGUGCCGCACGCGAAAGAAAUAUAGCCAAAACAUGUUCCUAUAAAUCUCAACAGAUUGUAAGGCUGAUUCGUAGAAUUUACAACUUUCAUUUAAUUUUUAAGGUCGUAGUAAAAUUUCAAUCUCAGCAAUAAUAAUUAUCAAUCACCCUUGAAGUUAAUUCUUCGAUCUGAAAGAACUUCACAAUCCUUAUAGUCGUACGUUUUACUUGCUUUCGUGCAAAUAAAGCGUUUUCGAAGGCUAACGUGAGAAUAAGAUAGAGAUCACAUUACUUGUUACCAGCAUAUAAAAAGGAAUAGAAAUGGCAUUCACAUCAAUUCACUGUCGCCAGUGAUUCUUUAAGAGACUACAACACAGGAUGUCACGACUGAGGCUGUUGGCCCUCGCUCUUCUCCUUGUUGCCGGCCAGUGCCAUGCAGAAGGUUUGUUUGAGGAUGGCCAAGAAUACCAGUACAGUUACCUUACUUUCACUACAACCGGCGUUCGUGAUCCCACUCCAUCUGGCUCCUCUUUCGGCAUCCGCGGCAACUUGCUCAUCCAGAAACAAGCCGGAGAAGCCAUCGUCAAGCUUUCAGAUGUGACCUUAGGUAUGCACAAUGGCCCCGACACUCUUCUGUCAACCGUCAAGUUCUUGAAGAAGCCCGAAUUGGUUUUGUUGGAGAAACCCUUCAAAAUUUCUUUCCUCAAUGGAAAGAUUACCGGAUUCGAUGCUGACGCUUCAGAUGCCGAAUGGUCCAUCAACAUCAAGAAGGGUUUGGCCACCAAGUUGCAAAUGGACGUCGUUGCCGGAGAAAUCGGCAAGGGCGACACUGCUUUCUUGCGUACUGUCGAGGACACUGUCGUCGGUACCUGCAACACUACCUACUCGUUCGGAGGUUCCGAAAAGGGUCGCUUGAUGCUGAUUAAGCAACGCACUCAGAGCGAAUGCACCAACGUUCCUCGUUUGGGUCAUAACAGCUUUGGAGCCACCAAUUGUGCUGGAAAAUUGCAAGAUGAACUCGUUGCCACCACUCAGCUUUACUACCAGCUUAGCCGUGGAGCAAGCAGCAACACUGCCAAGGCCCACAUCAUCUCAUCUUUCGGUUACCAGGUUCUCCAAUGGCACCCACCUGCAGGCUCUCCUUUCUACAACUUGGCCAACACUACUUUGGUUCUCAAGUCAUCCGGCCCCAUUGCCAAGCCCAUCUCCGCUUCUGGUCUGACCAAACACUAUGGCAGCCUUCGUUACACCCUCAAGCGCCCUAUCCCCACACCCGAGGAUAUCGACUUGGCUCGUGAAGAGGAUUUCUUGCACCCCGAGGAACCCCAAUCCCAACAAGCUCUCCGUGCUAAGGCUGUUCCCACUUUGACUAAGCUGAAGGAAGUCAUUGGAUCAUCAGCCCUUGAUGAUGAAACUCUUUUGGAUCCCACCGCUAUGGCCGCCCUCCAGCUUUUCCAGGCAAUGAGCUUGGAAAGUUUGAAAGCUGUCUGGAAAAAUGUUGAAAGCGACGAGGAGCUCAAGAACUUGAUCACCGAGAUGAUCCCACUUACUGGCACCAACCCUGCUGCUUUGUUGAUCAAGGAAUUGGUUCUGGGUGGCAAACUCAGCGAGAUGGAAGCUCGUCGUAUGGUUGCUUUCCUCCCCUAUUACUUGCGCAUGCCAUCUGAGAAAUUGUUGACCUCCUGGGAGGAUCUCUUGAAGGAGAGCCCCAGCAUCAAGACCAAGGAAUUGAGAGGAGCCAUCGCUUUGGCUUUCGGUCAUUUGGUUGGCGUCACCUGCGGUGGCAACAAACUGCGUCCCUGCAAGACCGAUACCAUCAACAAGUACACCCGCAUGUCCUAUGAAGCCUUCAAGUCGGCAAAGACCCACCCCGAGAUGAUCGUUGCCUUGAGCACUCUGCGCAACACCAACUUGCUCCCUGCCAUUGAGCGUCUUAUUCCUCACGUCAAGAGCGGCUCCGUUCCUCACGCCGUCCGCCCCCACGUCAUCUUCGCUCUGCAGCCCAUCGCCGCAGUUAACCGCAACAAGUUCUUGUCUGCUGUUCUCCCGCUGAUCCUCAAUGCCACCGAGACCACCGAGAUCCGUAUCGCCGCCGUCUCUACCCUGUUCCGCGUUCAACCCACUUUCCUCGAGCUGCAACAGCUGAUCGCUGGCGCCAUUUGGGAACGCAAUCAGGAAGUUCUCAACUUCAUGAUGACCACCUUCCGCAACUACGCCGAUUCCAAGAAUCCUUGCAUCAAGCCUAUCGCCAACCAACUGCAAUUGUUGUUGCGUCGCGUCGCCCACAUCAAGACCAACUUUUUCCGUUCCAGCAACCGCGUCUUCGACUUCCAUGACCAGAAAUAUGGUUUCGGUGGUGGUCUGCAACUUGCCACUAUCUACGGUGAAGAGUCCCGCGCCCCCCUCAUCAUUUCUGGACGUGCCAACUAUCGCGUUUCUGAAUUCAACUACGUUCCUCUUGAGAUCAUGAUUCGUUUGGAAGGUGUUGAGGAUGCCUACGUCCGUCUCUUCCGCAAACUGGAUCCCAAGGACUUCAAGCUGGAUACUCUGAAGGAUCUUUUGCAAAAGACUAUGAAGGUGGUUCCUCGCCAACAGGCUCCCAUGAAGAUGGAAAUCUUGUUGCGCUCUCAAGGCUACACUUUGAUGUACCGUCACAUGGCCAUGGAAGAAAUAGCUGGACUGAUGGAAGGAAAGGGAUUGGUCGAGAUGAUCUCCCGUGGCUUGAAAUUGACCCGCAGCAUGGUCAUGCUCGGCGGACAACACGUCAGCUGGAGGGCCAACGAUGUCGGUCUGCCCGUCGGUGUCGGCCUGAGCACUCCUGGAUUCGCUCGCCACCAGUUGGCAUAUGGCAACGUUAACCAGCCCAACAGGCUCGGCCGCUCCAUCCUGGCCGAUUUGGACGUCACCAUGCAAGUCGUCACUUACAUGGUCGCUUACAAUCCUCUCGGAGUUUCCCAGGGAAUCAUCAAGGCUCGCGGAUCCCGCGUCCACUUGCCCGCCAACAUUUUGGUCGGAUUCUCUCCCUCCGACAGCCAAGUCGAAAUCAAGAUGAACACUCCCACCGAAGAGAAACCCCUGUCCUACCUGUUCACCAGCAAGACUGCCGCUUUCAUGUGGGGCAAAGACGAUUCUAAGGCUCUUUCUUACCUCAAGGAUACUUGCUCCGAGUGCGAACCCAAAGCUUUGGUAACCCGUGGAGAGCAAUUCCGCAAAGGACAAGUCGUUCGUGAAAACAUCAACGAACUCUUGGGCAUGGAAUCCCACGUCGAAGUUUACAACUGUGAGACUUACACCGGCAAGGCCUCCAUCGCCAAGGUGAUGUACGAAUCCUUCAAGCCCUCGGAAAUCAACUCGCACGGUAGCGUGCCCGGUUUCCUCGUCAUGGGAUUCAUGCAAAUGCGCAACUACUUCUACCAAUACCCACCCACUGGCGCCUGCUCCAUGAAGGCUGUCCUGCACAGGACUCAAGUGAACCCUGCUGAAGCUGUUGAAAUCAAGUUGAAGAUGGAUUCUGCCGUUCCAAGUGGCAAGAAGGCCGCUCCCGGCAAGACUUUCAGCAACGUCAAGGGUGCCGUCACUUUGUUGGGCUCCCCCGAACGCAAAUGGAACGUCGAAGUCAACAUUGAGAGGGAACCUUUCAACGUUAAAUCACAGGUCGCUGUCAAGAUUGCCCGUCUUGCCAACCCUGGACUUAAGGUUCCCAGCCGCGCUCUUUGCGUCAACGUCAAGACCGCCUGGGCCAAUCUUCCCGAGGACAUUUUCGAGACCCCGUCGACUAUUGAGCCCUCCGUUCAGCGUGAAGUUUCCUUCGUGUGGGGUGAGGCUCCUUCCGACCAGUGCCCUAAGGCCAACGCCAAGGACAUCUCCACCAUUACAGUCAAGGUCCAGGGUAACAUCACUGAAGCUCAACGUGAAGCCGCCACCAGCCGCAACACCUAUCCUUAUGAUCGCUGCGAUUUGGACCGCAAUGAUGCCGGCCGCUCUGGCAUCGUUGGCCCAAUGACCCAGGCUUGUUACGAAGCUGUCCUGCACUACGCCACUCCCCGUAGCUACGUUUUGGACAUCCACUACGCCAACUUGUCUCCCCGUGGUCAGAUGGCUCUCGCCCGUGUCGACACUAUGCUGAAGGCCUCCUUGUUGCCCUACUGGAGCAUGCAUGCCCCUCAUGGCCCUACUGCCACCGCCAAGAAGGUCAUCGGUGCCGGUCACAUUGAAUUGAAGUUGGACGUUAACGAAGACGAUGUUGAUCUCCAUGUCCACACCGAUGUGAUGCACAGCCACUACGAGAACGUGGAUAUCCUCAAGAACUUGGGCAUGGCUCUGCGCAACGCCCGUCUGCCCAUGUCGCAAAUGUUCGCCAUCAAGGCUGGUUUCGUCGGCAUUUGCGACGUUGCCCCCAAGGCCGUCGUCACUUUCGACAAUGUCACCAUGAACGCUGACCUGCCCACCUGCUACACUCUCAUCUCGGCCGACUGCUCUCCCACUCCUCGCUACGCAGUCUUUGCCAAGAAGACCACUGGCCCAUCUCUUCCCUUGGCCGUCAAAAUCUACGCCGGUGGCCACACCCUCGAACUGAACCCCGUCGCUAGCGGAGUCGAAGUUAAGGCCAACGACAAGGUCGUCAAGGUUGAAAACAACAAGCCCUACGUGUUGGCCGACAAGGACAACGUCAUCCAGUACAUUGUCGUCAGCAAGAUUGGUGCCCGCUACUUUGUCCAGGUCCCAGUCCUCAAGUUGACUUUCCGUUACACUGGCGAUGACAUCACCAGCAUGAUCCCCGCCACCCACCGCGCUCAACAUUGCGGUCUGUGCGGUGAUUACAACGGCCAGUUCUCCCGCGAAUUGGUCAGCCCGUCCGGCUGCAACGUCAAGGAUGCCACCGACUUGGCCAGGUCCUACGUCUUGAGAGACAACAAGUGCAAGGAGAGCAUCCCAGUUCCUCCCUGCGUCGCUGAGCCCAUCAGUGUUGGUGAACGAUACCAAAGUAGCCGUUUGUAGUCAGUAGUCACUCUCACGUUUUUUCAAGUUUUUUUUCUUUUUCUUUUCCUGUCGAUUGGAAUUUCUUAAUACAAAAAUGAAACCAUUUCA